AAGACAGGUCUCUGCUUAGAGAAUGGCCCCGCUUGCUCCCAUUUUCAGAACGGCAUACUGGGUUGUCUUCUUUGGCAUUUCGUUAUAUGCUCUUGCUUUGAUUGCUCUGGUAAAUCCAUGGCUGCAACGGCAGGUGUUGUACGCCCACAAAAUCCGCUCUCCCUCGUGGUGGUUUGAUAUCAACAAGCCAGAGCAGUUCGGCUUUGCAAAAAAUCAAGUCACUCCAUUCAACUUCACCACGCCAGAUCAUGAGACGAUUUAUGCCUGGCACGUGAUGCCGUUGGGCCUCUAUGCCAAGCAUGAGUCUGAGAUCUUGCAGCAACCGUCCGGAUGCGCCGAGGAUAUUACAAACACGAAAGCAUUCAAACUGUUAAGAGAUGAUCCGGAAGCUAGACUCAUCAUCAAUUUCCACGGCAAUGCUGGAACAGUCGCGCAGGGCUGGAGGACCGACUCAUAUCGGGCGUUGUCCGAUGGGAGCACUUCGAGUAUCCACAUCUUAGCCAUUGAUUACCGAGGAUUCGGCCUCUCCACCGGCUUUCCAACCGAGGAGGGGAUCAUCAGUGAUGGAAUUGCGGCUGUCGACUGGGCAAUGAAAAUUGCAAAGGUUCCUUCUGAUCGCAUUGUCAUACUCGGACAGAGUCUUGGAACUGCAGUUACAGCCGGAGUUGUCAACCAUUUUGCUGAAAGAGGAACCGAGUUUGCGGGGGUCGUUCUAGUCGCGGGUUUCACUGACUUGCCAAGUCUCGUUACUGAUUAUUCGAUUGCUGGCUGGAUUCCAGUUCUGUCUCCUCUGAAGCCAUAUCCUCGUCUUCAAAAGUUCUUUACCAGUUACAUUGUCGACAGAUGGCCGUCAGCGACCCGCCUGUCGAACUUUGUUCGAGUUAGCAAGAGAGUGAGGCUUUUCAUCAUACAUUCAAAAGAUGACUACGAGAUCCCAUGGUACCACUCGGAAGGCUUGUUUGCGGCAGCAGCAAAUGCGACUACUGAUGGAGGGAUAGACUCAGCUCUCCUCGAAGAGACGAAGACGAUGAGCACCAUUGAUAUGGGCGAUGGCGCUUUCAUCAGCACAUGGAAAGCUGCUGGUAGCAAUAAGAUUAUUAGGGAGGAGAUUGUGGCUUAUGGACACCAUAGCCGAGUUCUGACUUAUGCUCCUAUUUCAUUGGCGGCUCUAAAAGCAUUUGAUCUUGAUGAUGGAGAGGCAGUACCCCUUUGAUUCCGGGAAAAAUAAACUUUUGCGAAGUGAUUUGUAUGAAUUAUGUGUGGAUAGACCUGCGAGUGAUUUUGCCACUUCCUGGUUCGCAGUGAAUGCGCACGCUUGGAUAUUCCUUGCUAGUGAUAAUUGGAACAUAUAUCCUACAUGUAAUCACUCUAUAUCAUCAAAGAUUAACC